ACUCAUCGUCUGUUGUCUCUCUAAUUGUGUUUUAGGUAGAUGUGAGCUGAAUGCAGAUAAGAAUUCCAAACAGGCCGGUCUGAUGUACACACAGAAGGAAUGAAGUAUGGAUGUGAAAGAACGUCGGCCUUAUUGCUCCCUGACAAAGAGCAGGCGGGACAAGGAGCGGCGCUACACAAAUUCUUCUGCAGAAAAUGAGGAGUGCAGAGUGCCUACACAGAAGUCCUACAGCUCCAGUGAAACCCUGAAGGCUUUUGAUCAUGAUUCCUCUAGGUUGCUGUAUGGAAACCGGGUAAAAGACUUGGUCCACAGAGAAGCAGAUGAGUAUACCAGACAAGGACAGAAUUUUACCCUAAGGCAGUUAGGAGUUUGUGAACCAGCAACUCGUCGAGGACUGGCGUUUUGUGCGGAAAUGGGGCUCCCCCACAGAGGUUACUCUAUCAGUGCAGGGUCAGAUGCUGAUACUGAAAAUGAAGGAGUGAUGUCUCCAGAGCAUGCCAUGAGACUUUGGGGCAGGGGGGUCAAGUCAGGGCGCAGCUCCUGUCUGUCGAGCCGUUCCAACUCAGCCCUCACUCUGACUGAUACCGAACACGAGAACAAGUCCGACAGUGAAAAUGGUAAGUUCUUACACAUAUGCACGUAUAUAAAUCAAUGUUUUAUUGCUGUCGUGGUUGACACUCAAUCAUUUCAAGUCAUUAAAAGUUCAAGGAAUGCAGCUAUAGGAGCUUCCAGCAGGAAAAAGCAGAUCCAGAGUGCGCAUGGUGCAGAUGGGUCUGAAGAGUUCUGGUUGGGACUAGAAAGGAGUUGCCGCGAGCCGGGCGCGGGUGCGUGGGGCUGCCCGUCCCCGUGCUCUUCUGAGGGCACCGCGUGCCGGGGCCGCUCCUACGGGGCGUUGCGCUUUCGGAUGUCUCGGGGAGAGGAGAGCCGUGAGCAGGGAACGCGGGUGGCCGGGGCGGGUGAAGCCGCUUCGGGAGGCUCCGGGCUCCUCGAUUUGGCCGUUUUCCCCCGACUUGGAGGUACGGAGCGCCGUCGUUGUUGGUGGGGCUUAGAAGUUUUAUGUUGCGAAGUUGUUUUAAAGCAAAGUAAUGUAGCGAGAUAA